AUGUGGUCGCCACCGCAGAAGCCUGUCGGAGUCGGAGUCGUCAAGCAGCAGUGGCAGCAGCAGCAGUCAGAGCAGCCUAGACGAACCCCUUCCUUCGAGAAGAGCUCAGUAUCCCACUACUUCGAGGGAUGGAAUGCGGGCUCGCUAUCCCUACCCUCCGGCUCAGGACUACGCCCACCACACGCACCAUCACCACAGCCAUCACCAAAGACACAACUCUCCCCAAGCAAUCCAUUCGAGAGCAGAAGACCCGUUCGCUUGGGAGAAUACCCUCAAGGGAAUUUGAGGCUUCCAACCAACACCAAUGACGACGAUGACUUCUUUGCUUUGGCCAAACCUGAAACCAACCAUGAAUUUGCUUUGAGCCGAACUCCAACUAUUGAAUUACACCCUGCACCGACCAAACCAGCACAAGGACCAGUUCCCACUCCAGUCCGAGGACCAUCACCACUCCCACCUGCACCUACUCCGACUCCUUCCUCCAGCGAAAAAGAUUCGUAUUCCGAAGCCAGCAGUUUUGCUUAUUGCCUGAGAAGAGAGCGCACGAGUAAGAAGACCUUCAAAAAGGUCAUGGUAUCGCCACCGCAUCUAUCCUUAGCUACGCCCGCUCGACCUGCUCCACCUCGCUCAAUCGUAUCUUCACCCGCUAUUGUUAUGCAAUCUGCUCCCCCGAGUCCUGGCUUCCAACCAAUCGCUAAAUCAAUGACCUUUUCUGAAGCCGUAAACAAGACACGCCAUGCUUCUCCUCAUCAUCAUGACGCAGACCAUGGACAUAUAUCCUUUCGUAAUUCAAAGCUCAAGAAUCGCCGUGUGAGAGCAUCCAUCGGACUAGGCGCCUCUGUCGCCACUUCAAUUCCAAGACCAGCCAACAGUGGCCCAUUCAGAGGACGCUACCGAAGUUCAGUAUCUCGUGAACUCAGUCCACCUGCAAUCACACCCCAAAGAUCGAGCGACGCCAUCCCCAUACGAGACAUACGUCGAAGACCUGGGCAUCCAGGAAAUCCUGUAUCUUUUGUCAGCACAGUCGGCUCGGUCGGAGAAUCACUUGAGCAAGGUCAAGAAGAAGCAAAGCCGUCUCCUCCACCCGAAGAGCCACCGAAACAAGGUUUCCUACGAGUCUUGACGGUGCACAGCAUCGUUCCAGGUCCUAUCAGAAGAGAGGCAACCAAGUUGAUGCAGAACGAAAGUCCUCACAGACGCCAGUCAAAACAAGCGUCAGCUGUGUCGAGACCACCAUCACCCGAGCCAAGAUGUUUCGGCCUUUUCAGCUCUCGAUCUCGUCGAAGAGGCACGCAUUCAUCAAUUCAGACAUCAGAUACCGGCAAAGGUAAAUCCUCGAAGCGCAAGGAAUCAUAUGUUGCUUCGGACGGACGAGAAUAUCCGAGCCGAGCUGUACCUGGACUGAGUUUCCUACCAUCAGAGAUGCAGCGAGUCAAUACUCCACCGAUGGGGGGAGCGCUGAUGAGCCCAGGAUCAAAGUCACGAGGAUUCUUCUUCGAUUACACGAAUCCUCCAGGAGUAGGCGAUGAACCCGAGACUCGGCGCGACUCGGUGGCAGGAUCGAUGGAGCAUGUACCCUGGACAUUCAAUACUCCAUGGGAAGCGAAAGCAAAUGGUAUGGGUAACGCAAAGGGAGCCAUGCAAAAACCGGACUACUUCUAG